GGUCUCCGGGCACUCGGGAGCCAGGACGCCUGCAUCUGCCUGCUGCCUGCCUCUGCCUGCUGCCUGCUCCUUCUGGAAGGACUCAGUUAGGUUCUGAAUCAGGGUGUUUCCAUUCCAUUUCUCCAGACUCUGCUGGUCCAGCAAAGUGAGGUGCUCCAGGGCUGGGAGUCAGGAGCCAGCUGCUGAGCCCACAGCAAGGCUGGGUCUCCUCUGGGCCUCCCCCAGGGCACAGGACUGUCUCCUGCCUGGACAGCCAGCGCUGGAAGAGGGUGGAAACGCAUCCAUCCAUCGCAAUGAGGCCCCCUGUCCUGGUCGCUGUGCUCCUCUGGCUCCCAGGCCUCUGGGCCGAGGAUAACGAGUGCCACUCCCAGGCAGAGGGUCCAGGCGGGCAGAGUGGAGGACCACCUCUGAGCGUGAGCGUGGGCAGCAGGGGGAGGGCUGCCAGCCUGGCCGUGAGCUGGGCAGCCGGGGGGCCAGGCAGGCCCAGCCACCUCCUCCGCCUCAGCCGGCUUGGCCCCCUUGGCACCCCUGAAGGGCAGCAGCUCCAGGCCCACACCAACGCAUCCAGCUUCGAGUUCCAGGACCUGGUGCCAGGAAGCCACUACCGGCUGGAAGUGACGGUCCUGCACCCAUGUGGGCAGAAUGCCACCACCAUCCUCACUGCUCACACGGCCCCCGCGACUGUCCAGGACCUGCAGCUGCAGAGUUUUGGGAGCCCCACCAGCCUGCAGGCCUGGUGGGGCGCUGCCCCUGGCAGGCAGGACAGCUACCAGCUUCUCCUCUACGAACUGGAGCCCCAGAUGGUGGCCCACAACAUCUCCAUGUCCCCAGGCACCCUGCGCUACAACUUUAGCGACCUCUCACCAGGCAGCGAGUAUGCUCUGGAGGUUACCACUUGGGCUGCCACCCUCCAGGCGAAGACCAGCACCCACCAGUGGACAGCUCCCGUGGCUCCGGGUCAGCUGGGGUUGCAUGCCUUGGGCACCAGCACCCUGCAGGCCUUCUGGAACGGCUCUGGGGGGGCCGCCUGGCUGCACCUUGUGCUCACAGACCUCCUGGGUGGCCCCAACCUGACGGCAGAAGUCAGACGGGGUGUCUCUAAUCAUACCUUCCGUCAUCUGUCUCCGGGAACCGCCUACAGACUGACCCUCAGUGCCGUGGCCGGGCCCCACUGGGCAGCCGGGCCCAAUACCAUUGAAUGGACCCAUCCCUCGGCCCCCCUGGACCUGGUGCUCACUCCCCAGCCCCCAGGGCUCAGUGCCCACUGGAGGGCAGGGCCCGGGGCCCAGGACGGCUACCUGCUCAGGCUGAGUGGGCUGGUGGAGACCAUCUCUCUGGGCCCUGGGGCCCUGAAUGCCACGUUCCCAGGGCCCCUGCCUGCCGGACACUACACUCUGCAGCUGAGGGUCCUGGCUGGGCCCUAUGAUGCCUGGGCCCAGGCCAGUGCCUGGCUGGAUGCUGCAGCCGAGAACAGACGAGGCAAUGGCACUGAGCUCCCCCUGGAUGUGCUGGAGGCCACCAGGGAGCCUGGGGACCAGGCACUACUCUACCCUGAGGGAUCCCCAGGCCUCCCCGGGAACACUUCCGUGCCACCUGCUGCCACUCAGGUCCCACUUGGUGGGCACGGGGCCCUCUACCAGGUGGAUGCUGUCUCUUCUCUGCAAAAUACCACCCAGAACCUUGCAAACCACACAGGGCCCCUGGCACCACAGUCUCUGGAGGUCAUUGGCAGGGGCAGUCCCUAUGACCUGUCCAUUGGCUGGGCCCCGGCACCAGGGCAGCGAGAAGGCUACAGGGUCAGCUGGCACCAGGAGGGCAGCCAGAGCCCACUGGACGGUCUUGUUGACUUGGGCCCAGAUAACUCCAGCCUGACACUCAGGGGUCUGGUGCCCGGCUCCUGCUAUACCGUGUCAUUGUGGACCUGGGCCGGGAACCUCAGCUCCAGCAUCCAGAUGGCCAGAGCCUGCACUCUCCCUGUGCCUCCUGCCAACCUGAGCCUGGGCCUUGGGGCCCAGCCUCCUGCCCUGCGGGCUUCCUGGAGUCCCCCAGCGGGGGACUGGGAUGGCUUCCUUCUGAGGCUUUACCGCCUGAGGCCCCCGGCUCUGGAAGGAGAGGAGACUCUGGCCCCUGAGGCUCAGAACUUCUCCUGGGACCAGCUGGCUCCAGGCACGGAGUUCCUGGCAUGGCUGGCCACCCUGCGGGGGCCAGAUGAGAGCAGCGGUGUCAACGCCACAGGCUGGACGCCCCCCCUCGCCCCUCCCCUGGUAAAUGUGACCAGCGAAGGCCCUACCCAUCUCCGGGCAUCCUGGGUCCACGCGCCUGGGGGCCGGGAUGGCUACCAAGUGACCCUGUACCAGGCAGGCGUCCGGGUGGGCUCCAGCCCUGUAGGGGCCCAGGUGGACGGCGCCAGCUUCUCAGCUCUGACUCCAGGCACCAAGUACGAGGUAGAGGUGGUUGCACAGGCUGGGCCCCUCUGUGCUGCGGCGGCCAACGCCUCUGGCUGGACCUCCCCGCAUGUGCCCGUCGAGCUGCUGGUAUCGAUGCAGGCGCACAGUGCUGUGGUCAGCCUGGCCUGGGCCAGCCCCCUGGGGCACGGCGUGUGUCACGCGCUGCUCUUGGAGGCUGGGCCCCUCUCCAAGGAGCAUCCCCUGGUGCUGGGUCAAUCCCACCUCGUGCUGAGGAACCUCACACCUGGACGCAACCUCUCCCUGUCGGUGCUGUGCCAGGCAGGGCCGCUCCAGGCCACCACGCACCCGGUGGUGCUGCCCGUGGAGCCUGACCCCGUGGAGGACGUACAGUGCCAGCCCGAGGCCACCCGCCUGGUCCUGGCCUGGACAGUGCCCGCGGGGGAUGUGGGCACCUGUCUGGUGGUAGCGGAGCAGCUGGCGGCAGGAGGGGAUGCCCACCUGGUCUUCCAGGCCAAGACCUUGAGGGGCAGUGUCUUGUUGUCCAGCCUGGCCCCUGCCACAUCCUAUCGCCUCAGCCUCUCGGUGCUUGGCAGGAACGGCCUGUGGAGCCGAGCGGUCACCCUGGUGUGCGCCACUUCUGCCCAGGCCUGGCACCCCCUAGAGCUGGCCACAGCCCCCCAGCUAGAGCCCAAGACGGGGAUGGGGGUGAUAAUCACCCCAGGCAUGUUUGGCAAGGACGACGGGCAGAUCCAGUGGUACGGUGUCAUCGCCACCACCAACAUGUCAUUGGUCCUGCCUCCCCGGGAAGCCGUCAACCACACGUGGUACGACCACUACUAUGGAGGACACGACUCCUACCUGGCCAUCCUGCUCCCCAACCCCUUCUACCCUGGGCCCUGGGCCGUGCCGACAUCCUGGAUGGUGCCUAUGGGGACAGAGGUCUGCGGUCACACCCAGGACAUAUGCAAUGGGCAGCUCAAGCCAGGGUCCCAGUAUCGGUUCAGUGUCGUGGCCUUCACCAGGUAUAGCGCCCCUGAGACCCUCAUCUUCUUCUCGGCCUUCUCGGAGCCGCGGGCCAGCGUGUCCUGGGCAGCAGUGCCUGUCCCUGCAGUGGUGAGCGUGGUGGCUGGCUGUAUCCUAUCCAUGGGUGCCACACUGGGCCUGCUAUACUGGAGGCGGGUGAAGGGGCAGAGGGCAGACGAGACCCUCUACUCUCAGGAGCUGACCGUGUCCAAGCUGCGGCGGACCCACCGGCCCAUCCCUGUCCACAGCUUCAGGCAGAACUAUGAAGCCAAGCGCGCCCACACGCACCAGGCUUUCUUUCAGGAGUUUGAGGAGCUGAAGGAGGUGGGCAAAGAGCAGCCCAGGCUGGAGGCCGAGCAUCCUGCCAACACCGCCAAGAACCGCUACCCACACGUGCUGCCCUAUGACCACUCCCGGGUCAGGCUGACCCUGCUGGAUGGAGAGCCCCACUCCGAUUACAUCAAUGCCAGCUUCAUCCCGGGCUACACCCACCCGCAGGAGUUCAUCGCCACCCAGGGGCCUCUCAAGAAGACCCUGGAGGACUUCUGGCGGCUGGUGUGGGAGCAGCAGGUCCGGGUCAUUGUCAUGCUGACUGUGGGCAUGGAGAAUGGGCGGGUGCUGUGUGAGCACUACUGGCCAGCCAACCCCACCCCCGUCACCCACGGCCACAUCACUGUCCACCUCCUGGCUGAGGAGCCUGAGGAAGAGUGGACCAAGCGGGAAUUCCAGCUGCAGCACGCUGCCCAGCCCCCACCAAGGAGGGUGAAGCAGCUGCAGUUCACCACCUGGCCUGACCACAGCGUGCCUGAGGCCCCCAGCUCCCUGCUGGCCUUCAUGGAGCUGGUUCGGGAGCAGGCGAGGGAAGCCCAGGGCACCGGGCCCAUCCUGGUGCACUGCAGUGCGGGUGUGGGCCGCUCGGGCACCUUUGUGGCCCUGUCAAGGCUGCUGCAGCAGCUGGAGGAGGAGCAGACAGUAGACGUGUUCCACACGGUGUACACGCUGCGGCUGCACCGGCCCCUCAUGAUCCAGACCCCAAGCCAGUACGUCUUCCUGCAUAGCUGCCUCCUGAGCAGGAUCCUGGAAGGGCCGCCCAGCUCCUCUGAGGCCACGGAGGCCAGACGCGGGAGCUGGGGAGCCUCGAGUGCCCCCCGUGCUGCCCAGGCUCCCCCGAGGCCGCAGCCCAUCCCUGUGAGGGACUUGGCCCAGGCGUGCGCUGAGCGGGCAGCCAACGCAGAUGCUGGCUUCCUGGGGGAGUACAAGCUCCUGCUCCAGGCCCUCAAAGACCAGGCCGGCUCUAUGACGCCCCCUCCUGGCUGUGAGCAGGAUGGCGCCACCUCUGAUGGCCAUUGCCAUGAGGGGUCUGCUCCGGUGGAGGAGGGCAUCCAUGGCGAGAUGCCUGAAGCCUGGCUCUUCCCGGGCGGGCCCUCUGGCCGUGACCACGUGGUGCUGACCGGCCCUGCAGGGCCCGCGGAGCUCUGGGGGCUGGUAUGGGAGCACGGGGCCCGCGUGCUCGUCUCCCUGUGCCCACCCGGCCUCCAGGAGAAGGAGUUCUGGCCCACGGGGACACAGCCCAUUGUCACAGAUGGGGUGACUGUGCACUGGGUGGCCGAGAACAGUGUUGCAGGCUGGCCCUGCACCCUCUUCAGUGUCACACACGUAAGCUGGGCCAUGGGGCAUGAUGGGUGGGCUCCGGGGAGCAGUCCUGGCCCCUCUGGCACUGGUGCCAACACCUCUGCCCCCAGAGGGGGAGCGGGACAGAGAGGCCAGUGCAGCGGCUGCAGUUUCCUCACUGGGAGCCAGGGCAGGAGCUGCCCGCCACGACCCUGCUGCCCUUCCUGGCUGCCGUGGGCAAGUGCUGCUCCCAGGACACGGAGAAGCCAGGCACGCUGCUCAGCCACUCCAGGUGCUGCUGGACAAGAGCUGGGGGGGGAGGGAGGCGGAACCCCUCACUCCCUCCUGUCAGGGCCGCACCCCCCAAGCCUGGCCUGGGGCUCCUCAGAAGGACCCAGUCCCCUUUCUGGCUCUGCUCUGAUGUCUUUCAGGAUUCUGUCCCCUCCCUGCCCGGGCACAGGCUGGCUAUGGCUGUGCCCAGCGUCCCUCCAUGGUCCCCAGGCCCAGGCUGGGUUUCCCCACCCCCCUGGGUCCUCAGCCCUCCUCCCCGCCCCCAGGUGUCCCUCCAACUCAAGGUCAAUUGCAGCAAGGGUGCGGCCCCACUGGGCACCUUCCUGGCCGUGGACCGGCUGCUGCAGCAGGCAGGGGCCGAGGGCACCGUGGACAUCUUCACUGUGGCCUUGCAGCAAUCACAGGCCUGUGGCCUCCUGACCCCAACCUUGGAGCAGUACACACACCUCUACAGCUGUCUGAACAGUGCGCUGGAGGGCGGGCUGCCCUGAGUCAGCACUGGCCACUGUCGCUCAGAGGCUGCGCCCGCUUCCUGAGGGGCAGCCUGCAUGCCGCCUGUGCUGUGAAGGGCUGAGUGGGGAAUAAAAGAUGCGCUCAAGCUUGAGGCCGAGUGCGUUUUGUCUGUCCGCCCGCCCUCCAGGAAGAACGAAAGAACCUCAAAGGUUCCUGGACAUGGGGCCCAGUGCAGGGGGUGGUGGGGACAGAAGCAGGUGGCCUCCUCAGAGCAGCCCCCAGUCCUCCAGUUUCCCAGCUUCCUCAGGUCCCUGGAUUCCAAGCCUGGUCACUCGGAGGCUCACCCACUGCCCCGUGUGCAGGAGGUGCGGCCUGUCGCUGUCUCCUGGACUUCUCUCCUGGGAAGACAGGGGCUGGGGGCUUGGCGGAUCCUCAGCCAGAGUUGCCAGGUUUUCUCAGGCCCCUCCCCUCCCCCACAGGAGGGAGCAGCGGGGUGGGGGGGAUGGGGGGUGCUGAGCAGGGAGGGCCUUUGGAGAGGGAGGAGGCAGGAGGAGAAAUCAAAGGGGGGGAUGGUGAUGCGCACAUGGCAGUGGCAGUGGCGUGGACACCAGCCCAUCCAGCCCCUUGUCAGAUGCGAGGCCCCAGGUGGCUGGGAGCCGGGUGCUGGGCCCCAGGGAACAGGGCAGAGCUUGCCUGGGCCAGCUCCAGUGCCCAGUGAGGGAUGAGGGUCAGAGGCAGGAGG